AUGACUCCGCUGGGCAGUGGGGAUGCGAGCAAGGUGCCGCCGUCGCCACUGGACCGCAAGUCUCUGGCAGACUCCGACAUCCCCAGCCUCUCCCCACGCCGCUCGCUCUCGCUUCCCUUCUCCAAACCCCAACCUGGGGACCGCGUUCGCUCGUCACCCGACACGGCCUGUGAUGCGUCUGGGCUGAAGGUGGCGGCGCCUGUUGGCUCUCGGUUAUCCGUUUGGGUGCAGCAGCCUAAGGACGACGCGCAUGAUUCUGGCAGUGGCAAUUCAUGCGCUUUGACGCCACGUCGUGCGUCGUGCACGCAAGAGCCUCCGUCAACUAAUGCGACAGAAGGUGACAAUAAAUUUCUUACAUUGGCUCCGCCUGUUGCUCCUACCGAGGAUGCUACUCCUGUGGAGCGUGCUAGCUCGGGAAAUGUGAGGGAGAAAGAGGAUAACUCGCGUCUGAGGUCGUUGAACGAUGCCGAGCAAGCACAGGGUGGAGAAUGCCGUGAGGGCGGGCUGACAGCCGAGGAGAAACUCGAAGAGGAGGAUGAGUGGGAGCACGGCGGGGCGGAUGACGAAGCCGCUGAGCUGGGGUGCCCAGCUCAAACGCCGACGGCGGGUGACGAGGGCGGAAGAGGCUCGCAGGGACGCGACGAUCCGCCUCAGCAGAGUAAAGACGGCGCGGACCGUUGUGCAGAUGAGAAGAAAGAUGACGUGCUGGGGGAUGACCCUGGGAGUGGCAGAUCGGAGCGAGUAGGCCAUAAUGGGGCAGGAGAGGGCGGCUGCAGGCCAUUCCGCAGCGCGAAGGAUCGCGCGGGGGCAUUUGAAAUUUGGCAGUCGCCUAAGAAGCCGCGCAUGCUGAUCGAGGGUUUCGGCGAAUCGCCAGCGAAGGCAACGCCUGGGGGCAUGAUGACGUGGCAGUCACCCGACGGCAAGCGCAGCACCCCUUUGCGCACGGCGCUGUUCACCCAGCCGUAUCGAGGCAUGGACGGCACGGGGCUUGAUUCCAGCCCCAUGAGCGAGGGCUCCGUGCGCCGGAUGUGGGAGCUGGGAUCGCCUGGCGCCCUUUCUUCACCAGGAAUGGGUCUCGGCACUAUUGGCAUGCACAUGGGUAUGGGGCUGGGUUUGGGUUUGGGCAUGGGCAUGGAUGACGGGCAUCUGGGGUUCGGGGAGCUUCCUGAUGUUUUGGCGGCUGGCGACCCAAUGGAGCGCCUCAGAGCCAUGCAGGAAGGCGCUGAACGAGGCAGGUUGUUCCUCGAGCGGCCUCGUGGAUUCACGGCGCUUGUGGGCAGUGGCCCUUCCGUUAAUGCGAAAGAGGCUGUCACGCCGAGGGGACUGGAGGGCCGUUAUGCAGGCUCGUUACUGCGGACUCCAUCUGCUGCAGCGCCGUCCGCUGCUGCUGACGGCAACCUCCAAGGCGCAGCGGACGUGGCUGACGGCGCUGUUGCUGGUGGCAGUGGGAAGUACGACAGUCCCCAUGAUGCCCGCGGCACUGGCGUCACGGAAGCGGAUCUGCCAAUGGAACGCAGCCAUCAUGCGGGUGACACCCACCACUCCAUCGAUCUCACCCGUGCUGGUGCUCCUGGUGACGGCUCGUGGCAGCUGCCUCCGGCGCACACAGAUGCCGCGCCGUCAACGUACAGCACCCGCCACGUGCAGCACGACGGGAUGCGCGAGCAGGGUUCCGCAGCAGAGGGCGCGCAUGGGCUGCCUGAAGGCGAAAUCAAGCGAGAAGCUUCAGGGAUGAGCGCGAUGGAGGAGCGCAAAGGCGGGAAUGCUGACGUGGCGUGCGCGCAUGGUAAGGCGGCCCACUCUCAUGAUGAAUUGCGUCUCGCCGCUCGCGAUCCCCUCCAUGCGCCAGCCAGCACUGUGCACGGUGAGGGCGCGAUGGCAGGGGCGGCGGAGGCAGGGGCGGGCGGUGGUGGAGGCAGAGGAGUGGGAGGAGACAUGCGACUGCGGCGCAUGAGCAGUGGCGAGGGGCCCGCGGGGCACGCAGCACGGCAGCAUGCGCAAGGGCGGUGGGCAGGGGCACAUGGGGGCGUGGAGGAGCACAGUGCAGUGCCGGCGGGGGUGGAGUAUGCGAGUGCGUCCACUGGAGACGUGUCUGAGAGCGAUGAGGGCUCGCUCGUUCAAGGAAGCAGCCACCACGUUUCCAUCAGUGCCUCCGCCACUCCACCUCCCAGCGAGGGCUGCAGGCGUUGCAGCUGCAAAAAGUCGCGCUGCCUCAAACUCUACUGUGAGUGCUUUCGGGCCAAUGUGUAUUGCGGGGACGCAUGUCGCUGCAACGAGUGUCAGAACACACCUGAGUACGAGUCCCUUGUGCUGGCCACACGAGCAGCCAUUCAAGCUCGGAACCCCACGGCCUUCCAACCCAAGAUUAUCACCGCCGCUACUGUUGGCCCUGCAUCAUCCCUUUCACGACCCAAGGUGUCCGUGUCUGCGGCAUCACCGGUGCCAGCAGCGCCUCCCAAGGCACCGCGACACAAGACAGGGUGCAACUGCCGCCGCUCCAUGUGCACCAAAAAGUACUGCGAGUGUUACCAGGCUGGAGUGGGGUGCACAGCAGGGUGCAGAUGUGCGUCAUGCCAGAAUCCCCAUGGUCGCAGUGGAGAUGUGGCAGCGCUCCUGUCUGAUGCGGACCGCAGUCACGACCGUGCGCUGCGCACGCUCUCUCCCUCCCCCGCUGCCACCCCUCUUCGCUGGCAGCCGCCUUCCGCAUCACCUCUGCACUCGUCCGCUGUCCGCCGAAGCCUACCCUUCUCGCCCUCCCCUGUGGACUCCUCCCGUGUCCUGCCUGGCCGCGUCCCUUCAGCAUUGGACCUGUCACACCUGUCGGAACAUGCCAGCCCAUCGCCCACCAUCUCUGCAAGGCCUGCUGCUCACUCCCAUUCCCAAGCCCCAGACCCCCCUGCUGCACACGAGCGCCUUCAUGUUCCUACAGCAGCCUCCCCUUUACCAUCCUCCAAGCCGCAUCCAGAUACCACCUCCACCAAGCCCGCCUUCACUGAUGCUCACCACCCCCUCGCUGCCUCUGCUGGCCCUGUAGCAGCAGCAGCAGCAUCUGGCGUUGCAGCAUCACCCGCUGGAGGCAGAGAGCCCUCAAAGCCCCCCCCUGCGCCUCACCAGUUCCGCCUGCCCGCCACCCCCCUACGCGCCUCCUCUGCUGCCUCCGCUCGCCUGCUACUGAGAGGCCCAGGCUGUGUGGCAAAGGUAGAGGAGGGCGGGGACGUGAAGCCGGGUGGAGCUGCUGCAACCUGGGGUGGUGGGAGGGAGAGCGGUGAGGCAGUUCCUGCUGUUCGCAUGGAUAGGGAUGGCGGUGAUUGCAAGCCUCAAGGCAUGCUGCAUGCAGAAGGGCCAGCAGCGCCUGGCGAUGCAGCAGCAGCUGCAGCCGCGGCUGCAGCAGCAGCGGAGGAAGCGGAGCUGCUUCAGGUUGAGUCGUUUCUGUCGUUGCAGCAGGAGGAGGUAGGGCAUGAGGGGGAGAAAGGUCUGCAGGCGCCAUGUGAUGGCAAGGGAGAGGAAGUGGGCUUGUCUGUAGCAGGGGUUGCGCAUGUGAAGGCGGAGCAGGAGCAGUGGCAAGAGAGAAGCAGCAGUGAAGGCAAUGGCAUGGUGGUGGCAAUCACAUGCCCGUCCCAAAAGCGUGUAUCGCCUCCUCAUAUGCGUGCGUGCGCUACGAGGGGGGAUUUGGAGCCUUCACCAAGGGCAGAAGUGGGGGGUGGAUAUGCAGCAGGGCAGAAGCGAGUGGACAGGGGGGUGGAAGAGGCUGAUGAGGAGAGGGGCGAGGAGAGGGGAGAGGGUGGUGCUGGCCGCAAGAGAAUGCGACUGACUGGGUGA